ACUUGAUUAGCAGAACUAGUGUUCACAGCUGAACAAUUGAAUACAAUUGGAAUAAACAGAUACAGAGAAAAUGAACUCAACGACGUCCUUCAAGGGCAACCCGCUCAAUAAGAUCAUUGGGCUUUCGAUAGUGUUAUCCAUGGGAUUUUUAUUGGUGGUGUUGGCCGGUAUCUAUGGGAACUGGUUUCCUAUAAUAAAUGGGAUUAUAUUUGCAAUUGCCCAUUUGCCUGCGGCCAUAACCAAAGCAGUGUCCAGCUCGCUGGACUACGAUUUCAAUUUUGAUCCUGCCUCGUCCUCUCAAGGUGACGUUAUCAAGGAGAUUGGUCAGUUUUUACUGGCAUUUCUUCUAGUAUCGGGUUUUUACUUACCCAUAUUGCUACACCACUCACUUAUAUUAACCAAGACAGCAAUGGUAUUGACCAUCAUUGGCGGUUCUUUGAUCUACGGUACGGUGUAUACCUUCAGCCUGUAUUUCGACGAGUCGGAGGAUUCUAAUGAAGUUGAUGAUCUUGGAGGAGGAGUUAUCUAAUCUACAUAUUUCUUUUCUUGCAUUCACUCUGAGAGCUAGUAUCUCAAGCCCAUCCACUUACUUAUCUUAGCCAUUAAUAUAGAUUAAGUAGUAUGUACCAAUAGAUAUAACAAUUUUGCCCUUGC